UCAGAAAUCAUGUGACCAAUGACUAAGAUAAAUCUUUCCUGCUUACUGAGAGAGGAGUCUGAUGAUUAGUUACAUUCUCCUUGCAUUUUUAAAGUUUUGGAGAUACUCGAUCAUGUUUCCCUUUAUACUUUUCUCCACUCUGUUUUCUUUCAUAUUCACUGAACCUGGGGAGCAACAGUGGAUCUGCAACUCUUCUGAUUCCAGUGUCUGGUACUCCCACUGUGAUAACAUGAAAGUCCCUAUCUCAAUAGAUAUUAAACCCUGUCUAACAAUGAAGGGAAGCCAAGGAAACUUGCAUCUUUCCUUCGUUCCAAGAAGAGAUAUUAGAAAAUUAUAUUUCAAUCUCUAUUUAUCCAUAAACCUCAUGAAUUUGCCAAUGCGCAAAGAAGUUAUUUGCCGAGGAUCUGAUGAUGUUUAUUCUUUUUGCAGAGCUCUGAAGGGAGAGACUGUGAACACAGCAGUCAGCUUCUCCUUUCGGGGAAUACGAUUUUCUAAGGGAGAAUACAGAUGUGUUGCAGAAGCCAUCGCUGGAAAUACUGAAGAAAUGCUCUUUUGUUUGAAUUUUACCAUCCUACAUGACCCUAAUUUCAAUUAGAAUAAAUAGAGUAUAUUUUUGUUUUCUAAA